AUGGCUGGUAAGGCCUCCUUGAGAGACCUGUUUUUCUUCUCUAGGAUUGUCCUCAGAAGACUAAGAAACCCACGUUCUCUCUGGAGAAAGGGUGGCAAUUCUCAGACGACCCAGUUCAAAUUUCAAAAGUACAUUUCCCUUUCCUGUAAACCCCAGCUCUCCAGCCAAACUCUCAUCUUUGAUGUGGAGGGUCUGUUGCUGAGGUCGCCUUCUUUGUUUCCAUACUUUAUGCUUGUGGCCUUCGAGGGAGGUGGCUUACUGAGGUCUCUUAUUCUGUUUCUUUUGUACCCUUUUGUCUGCAUGGUUAGCCAAGAGAUGGGGUUGAAGAUCAUGGUCUUCGUUUGUUUCUUUGGGAUUAAAGCGGAGAGCUUCAGAGUUGGGAGAGCUGUGUUGCCAAAGUACUUGUUAAAUGAUGUUGGGUUAGAAGGCUUCGAGGCGCUGAUGAAGUUCCAGAGAAAUGUGGGUGUGAGUGCUUUGCCCAGAGUAAUGAUCGAAGGAUUCUUGAGAGAUUACCUGGGCAUUGAAUUUGCCGUGGGUAGAGAGUUGGUGGUCUUUCGUGGAUAUUUUCUGGGUUUAAUGGAAGACAAGGAGAAAACCAGUCUGGUUUUGGAGAAGAUGCUUGGAGAAGACAAACCGAGUAGUCAUGUUGUUGGAAUUGCUGGCUCCAACAAACAUCUUCAUCAUCUGUUGUUUUCCCAGUGCAAGGAGAUUUACUGGGUGAAUGAAGCAGAGAAGAGGAGCUGGAGUCAUCUACCAAAGGAAAACUAUCCCAAACCGCUCAUCUUCCAUGAUGGUAGACUAGCUUUCAGACCAACGCCACAAGCCACUCUAGCUGCGUUCAUGUGGUUCCCGAUGGGUUUACUUCUUGCCAUCAUCAGAACCGUGGCCGGUUUAUUAUUGCCCUAUAAUAUAUCUGGUCCUAUUUUAGCCCUCACAGGAAUGAGACGCAGACAAACAAAACCGAAAUCUUCACCAACUACUGUUUCAGUCAUCCCCACACGUAAAGCAAAAGGCACUCUCUACGUCUGUAACCACAGAACCCUCUUGGACCCGGUCUACCUUUCUGCUGCCCUCAACAAACCUCUCACUGCAGUCACGUACAGCCUAAGUAGAGUGUCGGAGCUCUUGUCGCCGAUCAAAACAGUCCGAUUGACGAGAGACAGAGAGCGAGACGCAGAGACGAUGAAGAAGAUGUUGGGCCGAGGUGACCUCGUCGUCUGCCCCGAAGGCACCACCUGUAGAGAGCCGUAUCUGCUGAGGUUCAGCCCUCUGUUCGCGGAGAUGAGCGACGAGAUUGUUCCUGUAGCCAUGGACGUAGAGGUGAGCAUGUUUUAUGGAACAACGGCUGCAGGCCUGAAAUGCUUGGACCCACUUUUCUUUCUCAUGAACCCAUUUCCCACCUACAAGGUCCGUCUGCUAGACAAGGUAUCAGGGUCGUCCACGUGUUGCGAUGGUGGGCCAUCAAGGUUCGACGUGGCAAAUCAUGUGCAGAGGCGGAUUGGUCAGGCGUUGGGCUUCCAAUGCACAAAGCUUACACGGAAGGACAAGUAUUUGAUAUUGGCAGGUAAUGAAGGGAUGGUUGCAGCAGUUGGUAAUAUUAACAAACCCAUACAUCAGAGAUCAGACCUAGUCUGUUCCCAUGAAUCAUGAAUGAAUGUCAAAUAGCGACUACUUCAAAGUUCAAAAACUGAUACAUUGGGUAACUAAUG